AUGAUGCUAUCUCUUUACCUUCACUCAAAAGAUCCAACGUUCUAUGGUGAGUUUGACAACAACACUCGGUUUGCUGCAGAGAACAACGGCGACGGUUUUGUGCUGACCAUUUCAGAUGCCAAGCCAUCGGAUGUGGGGAUGUACUACUGUGCUGCACGUGUUUAUGAUUACAUGAUCUUUGGAAAUGGUGUAUUUCUGAUGCAUAAGGGUGAGUAACACAGAAGUUAAUAUGCAAUGUUACUGUUUCAGGGGUUUUGCAUAUGGAAAUGGUGUAUUUCAUAUUUAAUUAGAAGUUCAUUACAACCUUGGAUUUAUUGGGUAAAAGGUGCAGAUUCCAGGAACCAGCAUUUACUUACUCAGCAGUCUGUGUCUGAGUCAGUCCAGCAAGGAGACUCUGUGACUCUGAACUGUACAAUACACACUGAGACCUGUGCAGGAGAACACAGUGUCUAUUGGUUCAGGCAUGGCUCAGGAGAAUCCCAUCCAGGAAUCAUUUACACCCAUGGAGACAGGAGUGAUCAGUGUGAGAAGAGCCCUGAGGCUGGGUCUCCUACGCAGAGCUGUGUCUACAACCUCCCCAAGAGGAACCUCAGCCUCUCUGAUACUGGGACUUACUACUGUGCUGUGGCCUCGUGUGGGGAGAUACUGUUUGGAAACGGGACCAAGCUGGAGAUCAAGGGUAGGUGAUGAAACGUACAUUUUUGUUUAUAUCUGUUCCAUAAUCUACCGUGUAAAACUGUAUACAGUUACGGUUAUUUAGAUCACAUUAGAAAAUGUGCAAUCAUCCUUCUAGUUAAUAUAUUUCUACCACCAUGUUUAUUUUCACAGACAAUGGCGCAGACCCUCUUCUCUUACUGUAUUGUCUGGGCGCAGCAUUGGCUCUCUCUCUAAUCCUGAUCAUUGUCCUGACUUGCAUUAUUUACAAGAUGAACAAGAGAGCAUGUCUGCUGUGCAGAGGUAAGUGACUUAUUCAUAGAAGUUGCUCUUCUUUGAUAUCACCAUCAACAGAUGUCUCAGUAAUGAGAGGUUGCAUCUUUAUAUUUUCUGUCUUUCUUUUCAGGACCCGGCUCUCAGACAAGAGGGCCAGCAGUCUCGACUUCGGAUACAAGGGUAAGUACAAUUCUUUAUAUUUUGUAUUUAAUGGUUCCAUUAAAUAAUCACAUAUUGCGAAUAUAGUGAGGGAAAAAAGUAUUUGAUCCCCUGCUGAUUUUGUACGUUUGCCCACUGACAAAGACAUGAUCAGUCUAUAAUUUUAAUGGUAGGUUUAUUUGAACAGUGAGAGACAGAAUAACAACAAAAAAAUCAAGAAAAACGCAUGUCAAAAAUGUUAUAAAUUGAUUUGCAUUUUAAUGAGGGAAAUAAGUAUUUGACCCCUCUGCAAAACAUUACUUAGCACUUGGUGGCAAAACCCUUGUUGGCAAUCACAGAGGUCAGACGUUUCUUGUAGUUGGCCACCAGGUUUGCACACAUCUCAGGAGGGAUUUUGUCCCACUACUCUUUGCAGAUCUUCUCCAAGUCAUUAAGGUUUCGAAGCUGACGUUUGGCAACUCGAACCUUCAGCUCCCUCCACAGAUUUUCUAUGGGAUUAAGGUCUGGAAGCUGGCUAGGCCACUCCAGGACCUUAAUGUGCUUCUUCUUGAGCCACUCCUUUGUUGCCUUGACCGUGUGUUUUGGGUCAUUGUCAUGCUGGAAUACCCAUCCACAACCCAUUUUCAAUGCCCUGGCUAAGGGAAGGAGGUUCACCCAAGAUUUGACGGUACAUGGCCCCGUCCAUCGUCCCUUUGAUGCGGUGAAGUUGUCCUGUCCCCUUAGCAGAAAAACACCCCCAAAGCAUAAUGUUUCCACCUCCAUGUUUGACGGUUGGGAUGGUGUUCUUGGGGUCAUAGGCAGCAUUCUUCCUCCUCCAAACACGGCGAGUUGAGUUGAUGCCAAAGAGCUCAAUUUUGGUCUCAUCUGACCACAACACUUUCACCCAGUUCUCCUCUGAAUCAUUCAGAUGUUCAUUGGCAAACUUCAGACGGGCCUGUAUAUGUGCUUUCUUGAGCAGGGGGACCUUGCGGGUGCUGCAGGAUUUCAGUCCUUCACGGUGUAGUGUGUUACCAAUUGUUUUCUUGGUGACUAUGGUCCCAGCUGCCUUGAGAUCAUUGACAAGAUCCUCUGGUGUAGUUCUGGGCUGAUUCCUCACCGUUCUCAUUAUCAUUGCAACUCCACGAGGUGAGAUCUUGCAUUGAGCCCCAGGCCAAGGGAGAUUGACAGUUAUUUUGUGUUUCUUCCAUUUGGGAAUAAUCACACCAACUGUUGUCACCUUCUCACCAAGCUGCUUGGCGAUGGUCUUGUAGCCCAUUCCAACCUUGUGUAGGUCUACAAUCUUGUCCCUGACAUCCUUGGAGAGCUCUUUGGUCUUGGCCAUGGUGGAGAGUUUGGAAUCUGAUUGAUUGAUUGCUUCUGUGGACAGGUGUCUUUUAUACAGGUAACAAACUGAGAUUAGGAGCAUUCCCUUUAAGAGUGUGCUCCUAAUCUCAGCUCGUUACCUGUAUAAAAGACACCUGGGAGCCAGAAAUCUUUCUGAUUGAGAGGGGGUGAAAUACUUAUUUCCCUCAUUAAAAUGCAAAUCAAUUUAUAACAUUUUUGUCAUGCGUUUUUCUGGAUUUUUUUGUUGUUAUUCUGUCUCUCACUGUUCAAAUAAACCUACCAUUAAAAUGAUAGACUGAACAUUUCUUUGUCAGUGGGCAAACGUACAAAAUCAGCAGGGGAUCAAAUACUUUUUUCCCUCACUGUAUUUCCCUCCAUUUUAUAAUUGUUCUUCACAGGGCCAAGAUGCAGACAGUCUCCAUUACGUAGCUCUGAAUCUGAGCAACAAAAAGAACAGGUCUAGAAAACAGAGAAGCAACAUGGAGGAACAGACGGUGUACUCUGGGAUCAGACAGUAAAACAAUACAACAGACGUCCAUUAAACUUCAGUAGGAGGAAACAUAGACGAAGAGACAAUGGUCAUGUACUCUGGAAUUUGACAGUAGAACUGGAUAUAUGAAACAAUUUCCCCUUCAUUCUAGAAAGCUCUUUAACUAGCUCUAGCUUAACUUGCUCUAUAUGAACGCUGCAGUAAAAUGUGAUGAAAACAGUGGUCAAUGCUUUUUCAAAUGUAAUAUAAAGUAUACAGAUUUUCAUGCAUUGCUUCUCUGUCAAACUCAUUUUACAUUUGAUUUGCAUUUGUAGUCCCGUGUAGCUCAGUUGGUAGAGCAUGGCGCUCGCAACGCCAGGGUUGUGUGUUCAAUUCCCACGGGGGACCAGUAUGGAGAAAAAAAAAUUACACACUCACUAACUCUUAGUCGCUCUGGAUAAGAGCUACUACUAAAAUGCGAAGAAAAAUAAAGCAUUUUCAAUUGUAAACCAAAUUAAUUAGAAUAGGUUGAACUCAACGCAUUCUGUUCACACACCUCUGUGGUCAUAGUGGAGGGUGUUACAGUGUCUUUCCACUAUUGGAAACUAACCUUUCAUAGCCUUUUAACAAUGGAAGACUGACCUGCAGCAACACACUGCACUAUACUUUCCUUUUCAGGGACACUGUACUAUUUACACCCCUUAGUGCAACAAUGGUCUCUAAACACAUUGAAUACAAUGUAAAGGUCAACGUCUUCUUAUUUAUGUUAAGUCAGGUAGUCCCUUGCAUCAUUUUACAGUAAAUAAAGUAGGCCUCUUUCAACAUAAUUACUCAUAGUGAAAGUGGCACAACAGCCACCACCACAGAAGGAGGACAGGCCAUACUCAGGCAUCAUGCAGUUGUAGUGGAGGAGGUUUCUUCUUUGUUUUCUCUUUAAGACAUAGGCCUACUGAUUGCAUGACACACACACCCUCACAUACACAGCAACAUAUUUACAUGUAUACUGAUGUCUGUUAUGAACAAAACACGAGGCUGUAGCUAUCUACACUUUGAUAAGGCCUGUUGGCCUUCUGCACAGGACUCUCUCUCUCUCUCUCUCCUCUCUCUCUCUCUCUCUCUCUCUCUCUCUCUCUCCUCUCUCUCUCCUCUCCCUCUCUCUCCUCUCUCUCUCCUCUCUGUGGUUUCAGCAGGAUGUCUCAGUUGUGUCAGUCAGUUGUAUGACAUACGCUUUUGCUCUUCAUGAUGCCCUUUUUAUCAACAAUAGAACAGUAUUUAUAUGAGGCAGUUAGUUAUAUAUACAUAGUCUACUGAUAUCUGUGAAAAACCACAAAAAACUAUUUAUUAGGUCAUUUGACCUAGAGAUCUGAAGUACGUAGUUAAACACAAACCAUGGUUUGAAGUGGGAUGUAAAGUGUCAUCAUCAUCUGGGCCAAGAAGAAAUAGCCUCCUUCUAAUUAUAUAAUGGGAGGGCUUUUAUUCGUCCAUACAUUGGAGAAUAAAUAGUAUAUGAGAUAUUGUUGGCUAAGCAAAGACUACUGUCAUGUUUCCUGUUUCUCUGUGUUAUGAAGUGAAUGUGUGGUAGUCAUAGAGGCCCUAGAGGAUGACAGGGUCAUAACAUGUGGCCAACCAGGUCCCAACUACUGUAUGACUCCCUUGGACCACAAUGGCAAGACAAACAUUAAGUAAAGGGAUCCGUUUACACUUGCUGUUGUGUCUCUUGCUUUGGGUGGACAAGCCCUCUGUUGGCCUGCUACAGUACAUAGUAUUGUAGACAGCAUGAGCUGUAGUUAGGCCUAAUAAAGGAUAAAUCCACAGUAGUCACAUUGUUUAAAAAAUAAAUCUGAACAUCCACAUAUUCAAACUUGCUAUGUGAUAAAGUUGUGCAACACGGAAUCAAGCUGUACAACAACAUGAAAGCACAGUGUGUGUUCCAUUCAUGGCCUACUGGGCGGCCUAUCGAGUGUUCAGCCAAUCAAAUCUGACCAUCAAAAUCAGACGGUACCUGAGAUCAACCAAUGAACACAAACGCAAGUUUCCGUUAUUUUCUGUAGAAAGACUGCAUUUUACACAGGUCAAUCUCGUCCCGUGAAGGAGCAGGCAAGACGAAUAAGCUCCUCACCUUUUUUUAAAUCUGGAAAGCAUGGAAGUAACAUCUAGCUCAAUUGACUAAUGUUAUACAUGUUUACUAUACAUUUAAAGUGCUUACUGUAAGCGUUUGGUAAAUGUUUUAAAUGUAGUAAAUAUAGUUGUUUUUACAGGUGCAUCUCAAACACCAGUUAUUGUUCAGCCCACUUCUUCCCAGAAAGCAAAGCUGGGAGGCAAUGUGACUAUUGAAUGCCACAUGACCAGUGAGAACAUAAACUACAUGGCAUGGUACAAACUCACCACCGGCAUGGUGCUUCAGCACAUCGCUAAAUCUUCUAAGUACCUGAGUGAUGUGCUAUUCUACAAUGAAUUUGAUGAUGGGUGAUUCACUGUGAUGGCUGUCAAAAACACAUCGCCUCAAUAUUUCUGCGACAAAGUAAGAGGACAUUGGGACCUACUAUUGUGGGAAGAUGUUCUUGAAUCACAUGCUGUUUGCUCAUGGAACCAUGUUAAUGCUGACAGGUGAAAAUAUUACAAAUACUGUAUUUUUAUUAUACAGUUGUAACACUCUGGCUCCGGGACUUUUGUAUUUGAGCCAGGGUGUAUUGUGUUUUGUUGGGUUUUGGGUGAUUUUCUAUGUUUGCAUUUCUGUCACGUUUAUUUCUAGGUUUGGUCAUUGACUCCCAAUCGGAGGUAACGAGUGUCAGCUGUCGGCUCGUUAUCUCUGAUUGGGAGCCAUAUUUAUACUGCAUGUUUUCCUGUGGGCAUUGUGGGUUAUUGUUUCCGUUUUCAGUCAGGUUGACUGUGGACUUCACUAGUCGUGUUUCUUGUUUUUUGUGCUUUAACUAAAUAAAGUACCAUGUUCGUUUCACACGCUGCGCCUUGGUCUCCUUCACUCCUCGACGACGUGACAACAGUACCUAUUUAUAUUUUUUAUUAGUAAUUUUCCAUAACCAUGCUUUUUUGUGCUCUACCAUUCUUAGGCACAACGUCAAAAUGCAAUACACACUGAGACCUGUGCAGGAGAACACAGUGUCUAUUGGUUCAGACAUGGCUCAGGAGAAUCCCAUCCAGGAAUCAAUUACACCCAUCAGUGUGAUCAGUGUGAGAAGAGCCCUGAGGCUGGGUCUCCUACACAGAGCUGUGUCUAUAACCUCCCCAAGAGGAACCUCAGCCUCUCUGAUGCUGGGACUUACUACUGUGCUGUGGCCUCAUGUGGGGAGAUACUGUUCAGGAAUAGGACUAGACUGGAGAUCAAGGAUAGGUGAUACAUCUAACAUAUCUGUUUAUAUCUAUUGUAUAAUCUACUGUGUCAAACUGCUCACAAUACUAGUUAUUUAGAUCACAUAAGAAAACAUGCAUUCAUUGCAAAUAUUACGGCAUUAGAUUUGACCUAGAGACUGAAUUGAGUGAGUCUGUGUUUCAACCCCAUAGCUCCACGGUGACGAUGAUGGCCUGAACUACACUGCCCUGAGGUUCACUGACAAGAAGAGUACCAAUCCCAGGAGACAGAGGAGAGAACAGAGAAAGGAAGAAACCAUCUACUCUGGAGUGAGUAAUCAAGAAAGAAUGUGA